UGUGUUUACCCCAACAUUUUCAGACCAAAUCUGACGCCAGCCUUUUUGCUGCCCAUGUUCCUCCUAGCCGCGCCCGGCCCCCGCACCUCGCCCUUGUUGCGCCUUUGCAGCGCCCAGCCGCCCGGUGCCGUUCCUGCGUCCUUCGCCACCGUUCCGGCGUCGGCAAGCGCCUGGGCGGUGGCCCUGGGGCCCCUGGUGGGGCGGAAAGUGCUGAGGUCAUCCAGGUCCAGGGCCUCCAGGGUGAAAGCGGCGGAGUCGGAGUCAGCCGCCACCGUUGGCGACGAUGCCAAAUUCCUGGCUGAACUGCAGAAACGUGUUCAGGAGGUGAACGCGCAGCUGGAGGUGCGCAGAGAGCGGAUCGAUCGGAACUGGCGGAGGGGAAGGGCCAAAGCCCAACCUGCAGUGAUCAUUCAGGACGACUGGGUGCGGCGCGUGGCGCUCAGCGGCGACGAGGUCUUCGUCGGCACGGCCUCCAGUGGCAUACGACGCCAUGUGCUCGGCGCCGUGGAAGCGCGGCAGGUCUUUCGAGUGCAAGGCAGCCCUUCGCGCAUGGUCCCCGCGGACCACCAGGCACAGGCAGAUCCCGAGACCUCGAUAACGUCCAUGGCCUGGAACGGCAGAUAUCUCUGCGCUGGCCUGGCAGGUGGACGUCUACAGGUUUGGAACGAGGAGGCCUGGUUGAUCUUGGAUCGCAGCGUGGAUACACGACCCUGCUAUGUGUGCGUCCACGAUGACGUGUUGGUGGCCGCGGCAGGUGAUUCGGUGAUGUGUUGGGAUGUGAAGAAUUUGGAAGAUCUUCCGCUCUGCAAGAUUCAGGCCUCAUGCCGAGUGCAUUGCCUGGCUCCGGCCUUUGAGGACAGCAUCAUCCUGGGCCUCGCAGACGGUUCCGUGGAGCUCCGCCAGCUGCGGCGCCUGUCGCUCUCCGCGCGCCGCGCCGCGGCGCACGGCGCCCCGGUCUCGGCGGCCGCGGUCGAUGCCACGGGACCGGGGCGGCUGGUGACGGGGGACGAUGCCGGACGCGUGAAGUGCUGGGAGAUGAAUGAGAAGAUGCCGGGGGAAGAUUGGACUUUGAGGUGGACCCGUUCGGACCACAAAGGACGCAUCGUGGCCAUCCAACGUGGUGGCGGUGGAUCCGUUCUGACGGCAGCGUUGGACGGAAGAAUCAUUGCGUGGGAUGCAGAGACCGGAGAGUUUGUGUUCAACAUCCCGAAUCACAAGGUCUGGCUCGGUUCCAUGUGCCUCUCGGAGGAGCAGGAUCUACUCGUGACCGACGGCCGCGACAACGCGGUCUAUCUCUACAACUUCGCGGAGGAAUAGCUCCAUCGAAGACGCGGAGGAAAAA